AUGUACGUCAGGAUUCUGAAAGACAUGCACAAGCGAAUGUCUGAAAAGCAGCAGGCCAAGGUCACCCGCAUCUUUCAAUGGCUUGCUGUUGCUAAGCGGCCACUGUCAGCUGAGGCUCUAAGAACAGUACUGGCCGUGCAACAGGAUCGCCCAGCGACCUCAUUUGACUCCAUUCAAAAUUUCGAAAGCGUUCUAUCGCAAAUGUGUGGUUAUUUAGUGGAAGUACGUAAAGACAGGACCGUGGACUCUAUUCAUGUCUCUGUUCUCGAGUACCUCACGCAGCGAGAGGAAGGGCCUCACGGCGCGCUUAAACCAUUCCUCAUUGAAAUCUCUUAUUCGGAAGCAUCCAUGACAGGGUUUUGCCUAUCGUGUAUGACGUACGAAGUUCCAAAUGAUGUGGUUGAAACUCAGCUGCCUCUGCUCAAAGUAGUGGCCGUGGCAUACAAAGAGAAGUUUUAUGUCGCUUCAACAGAGUGA